AUGGCUUUUAAGGUGAAGGUGGCCAUUGUACUUAUUCUCGUGACGCUAGUAUCGUCUUCAAGAGCAACGUCUGAUGACGAUGUGAUUCUCUAUUUCCCGGCGUCUGAUACGCUGAAUGCGGCCCCUGGCUGGCCGAACCGAUAUCUGAGGUCAACCGAAUAUUUAACAACGACCAAUGAGGGCAACGGCGAAGAGAGGGGAGUCAUGCCGGAGAUCCUUACUAAAAUGGGAUGGGAAAAAUGGCAUGUCGAUACCUUGCCGCUGAUUCUGAAAGAAAGCGAGGCCGUGCCAUUAACCAGAAAAGUAAGCGGGAUGAAACUAAGAAUUUCUAAAGUCUUGAAGAAGUGGUGGGCUUCUGUCAUGAAUUAUAUCUUGCGCAAAGAUGAUGAGGUCAAGCAUCUUGUCCAAAAUAGAUCUCCAGAAGAUAUUCACAAGCUUUUGGGACUUCCAAAAGGCCCCGCCCUCUUUGAGAGCCCACUAGUAUGGAUUUGGCUGGAGUACACGAUCAGAGUCGGCAAAGAGAAGUCCGUAGACACCAUGAGCUCUCUAAAGAAAAUACUCGAGAGCGAUGAUGCGGUUGAAAAGAUGUUUAAGGGUGUGCGUAAGCGCAAGUAUUUUGAUAUGACGGUACCCGUGACGGAAUUGAAAAUAAUUUCUACUUUAGAAAAACAAGGGUAUUCUGAUGAAAGAAUACAGGAAAUGCUCAACUAUAUCCACGCCGCCAAACCAAAAAGCACUUGA